AUGGAAGCUAAACGGAGUUCCUUGAACAGGAUGCUGCAGCGCGCGCAGGAGACGGGCUACAUCAACAUCAACUGCGUGGACCCGCUGGGGCGCAGCGCGCUGCUCAUGGCCAUCGACAACGAGAACCUCGAGAUGGUGGAGCUGCUCAUCGAGCACCGCGUGGAGACCAAGGACGCGCUGCUGCACGCCAUCUCGGAGGAGUUUGUGGAGGCCGUCGAGGUGCUCCUGGAUCACGAAGAGACGUUGCACCGCGACGGCGAGCCUCGGCAAUAUAAAAUAUUCAAGAGCUGA